AUUCUAUGUACUCAACUCCUAAACUGGAGGGGCUAAUAUUCAAGAUGAGUAGGUCAAUUAAAAAACUGAGACGCCAUUUUUACAUUAAUAUUGUUACUUUUCUUAUUUUGGUUCAAUUUGACUUAGUUUCGUUUUAGUUAAAUUAAUUAACAUACAUCCUUUUGACAACAAAUCAAUUUAUUGUUGUAUUGUACUUAUUUUAAUUAGUUUUGUGUAGUUACUGUUAUGUGAGCGAAAUCAAUGCAUUUAUCCAACCUUAAACUGGUCGUUGUUUUGCAGUUUUAUUUUUAAUGCAAUCAAUAUAGUGGUUACUUUAUAUUAUAUUUUAAUGAUACAUCAGAUUAAAGUUGAUUCUAAAAUUGAUUGUAAAGUAAUAUGGAGGAAAUCGAUAGCAUUAUAUUUUUCUCUCUUAAAGGAAUUGGAUGUAAUUUCUCAGAAAAUGAAACUUCUCUGUCCAAUUUAUCUCAAGAAACGUUUAUUAAAGCAGUAAUAAUGUGUUUACGAAAAAUUCAACCAACACUUAAAUUAUCAAAUACUAUACCUAGAUCUAUGUCAGCUAGAUAUCAGUUUGGUAUUACUGUUGCCGAAGCUUGUAAAAAUGUUGGAUACAAAUCUGAUAUAGGAUAUCAAACGAUUUUAUAUGGCAGUAUUGUUGAUGUAAGAAGAAUUUUGAUGUAUUUAAUAGAAAAUUUACCUAAAGAAACUGAAAACAUAGUUGAAUCCAAAAGCAAACGUUACACAAUUAUUAAAACUCUGAAACAAAGUUUUCAUAAUGAAAAAGAUGAGCCUACUGUUUUGCAGUUACCAUGUCACCCAUUUGUUUCUGUUUCGUUAGAAACUGGCAUAACUGUACCUGGUUUUGAAAGAAACUGCUCCCCAGCAGAAUGGAGGCAUUUUUGCAUCAACGAAUUAAAGUUCAUUACUGAACAGCUAUCUGAUUUGAAAUACUUAAUUCCUUCAAUAAUUACCCUUAAUAAAAGACAAUUAUUACACAUAUAUAGAGAUAGAAAAAAUGAUCAUGCAUCAUGUGAAGAAAAUGUAUCGACCAAUAAAUUGUUGCAAAAACAUGAAUAUUCUACUACUAGCCACAAUGUUUCAAUUAAUAAAAACUUCAAUAUCAAUUUUAACUCUAGUAAUAAAAAUGAUAAACAGAUUGAAAACCAAAUGUCUGAUUUAGAAAACCUUUUAGUUGAAAAUGAUACAAUUAAAAAAGCUAUUGGUAAACAAACAUUAAAAUACACAAUACAAAAAUCUGAAUUAGAAUUGUUACAAAAAAAUAUUUUGAUACUAGAAAAAAGCUCUAAUAUUAUUCAUAAUCCAGAAAUUAUCCAAAAAUUAAAAAGUAAGAUUGAAACAUUUCCAGAAAAAAUGGAAAAGAUGAAAAACAAGUGGAAUUUGUAUGAAGGUGAACAGAAGUCUAUUUUAACAAAUAUAAAAGAAAAAAUUGCAAAAAAGAAAAUCAAUAAUGAUAAACUACUCCACGAGGUUGAAAAGUUACGUUUGCAAACCAUUUUUGAAGAAAUAAAAAAAAAAGAAGAUUUAAUUAAAUUAUGUAAAACUGAAUUUGAAUCCAAAUCUAAUUAUAAUUCAAGAUCAAGUUACACACAACGAAUACUAGAAAUUAUUACAAAUAUUGGAAAACAAAAAAAAGACAUUAAUAAAAAUCUUUAUGAUACAAGAUUGGUACAAAAAGAUAUUAAUACAUUAGAUGGGAAAGUAGAACGUUGUUUUAUUUCAAUUGAUGAACUUAUCUUUAAGGUCGCCAAAAAAGAUGAUACUAUAAGAAAAUGUUACAAAUUAUUAGCAGCUAUACAUGCCAACAGUUCUAGUAUUGUGCAAUCAGUGAAACAAACUGGAGCAAUCAGACGAGAAAUUAAAGAUCUUGAAGAACAAAUUGAAACUGAAAAUUCAAGAAAUGCUACAGUAAAUAUACAAAAAUUGAAAAAUGAUUUGGAAAUGGUAAAAAAUGAAAAAGCCACUUUGAUAGAAAAACUAGAAAACUUAAAAAAAUAUCAUUAAAUCUACAUAAUAAAAAAAAUAAAUUAUCUUGUUAUUUGAAAAAAGAAAGCCACUACAGUGUUUAUAAUUUCUACAAAACGACACCCUUAAAUCAGAGUCCAUGUACAUAUGAGUGUAAUCAAAUUGCCAUCGAACUGUUUGUACUGAUUAUUUAUUGACAUCCCGUGUGUGAUACGCACACCGUGUGCAAGUAUUUGCGUUAUAAUGUUUUAUUUAUUUAUUUUUCAUAACCACGUGACACUAAUAAUAGGGUGUUGUGAUCGGAAGCGCAUUGGCCAGAGCGCCGACGCACAGAAAUGGUAUUUGGACCUUAAGCCCGGCAAAAGUCCGUAUAAAGCGUGUGUUGGUAGAAAAAUAUAUAUAUAUAUUUCCGAGACGAUACAAGGUAUGCCAGGAAACGGUUAACGAUUCGUCCGAUUUGUUGUUGUUUUUUAGUUGAUAAGAUAUUCAUUCCACCGGGUGUGUAUAAUCCACGAGCUCCGGUCCCAGCGGUGGGCGUUUACAAAAAUACAAGACUCGUGCAACACAAAAGUUUGAGGUGAAAUAAUAAUUGCGACACUGUUGAUGAAAGUGCAUCUGUUAUUUACGGCCUCAAGUUACUGGCCUGCGGUUAUCAUACAGGUUUUAUGUAUUUAAUUAUUUCUUGUGUACAUGACAAUUGUUGUUUUGGUCAGCUGUUGCAUAACUUACUGCCUUUAAUGUCAUUCAUAACGACGUCGCGGUCCAAUAUCUAUAUAUGUACAUAUUUGUCCAUGUAUGUGUUGCAUAUGAGUGUACCGAAAUGUUUUGUGCCCGACGAACACUCUUCGAGGAGUUCCUUUGAUCACGGCGUUCCCAAAACAAAAUGUUGGUAGUCGACGUCGGGUUUAGUAUGUCCACGAACCCGUCUGAUCAUUCCGGUUACACGACAAUCGCCGUCUAACAACGUAAAAUUAUCGUUCAGAGUAUGGGCGGUCACAGGUAUGUUGAGCAGCACUAAUGCGUCGUUAGAUUUGUUGUUUGUUAGCUAGUCAUAGGUACACGCGGAGAACGGUCGAAUAGCACAAUAUAAUACACGCCGACGACCAGUGCAUGUUUCGUUAGAGUAAUGGUUUUGUUGCGACGAGUGAUCGAACCGAAUCCAUUGGUAGGCGUACGGCCGACGGGAUUUGGUCGGUUGUCAGUAUAUUAUGGCCGAAUGUGAUAUCUGGGUGGGCGGCCACCCGCAGUGGACGCGUGAAAAAAGAAAAACAACACCAUGUCGUAAAUAUUUUCUACGAAACGAGACCCUUUUUAUCGGAACGUGGCACUUGUUGUUUGGGUUAAAUUUUUUUAUACUUGCAUGUGCUGUUUUUGCCGCCGAGGUCGUCCCCAGAGAUCAUCUAAGCGUACCAUCAGUAAGAAUGUGACACUCACAGUGGGGAUUUGUACAAAUUGCACAGGUCACCGAGGGCUUACUAAGUAACAAUUGCCAUCGAACUGUUUGUACUGAUUAUUUAUUGACAUCCCGUGUGUGAUACGCACACCGUGUGCAAGUAUUUGCGUUAUAAUGUUUUAUUUAUUUAUUUUUCAUAACCACGUGACACUAAUAAUAGGGUGUUGUGAUCGGAAGCGCAUUGGCCAGAGCGCCGACGCACAGAAAUGGUAUUUGGACCUUAAGCCCGGCAAAAGUCCGUAUAAAGCGUGUGUUGGUAGAAAAAUAUAUAUAUAUAUUUCCGAGACGAUACAAGGUAUGCCAGGAAACGGUUAACGAUUCGUCCGAUUUGUUGUUGUUUUUUAGUUGAUAAGAUAUUCAUUCCACCGGGUGUGUAUAAUCCACGAGCUCCGGUCCCAGCGGUGGGCGUUUACAAAAAUACAAGACUCGUGCAACACAAAAGUUUGAGGUGAAAUAAUAAUUGCGACACUGUUGAUGAAAGUGCAUCUGUUAUUUACGGCCUCAAGUUACUGGCCUGCGGUUAUCAUACAGGUUUUAUGUAUUUAAUUAUUUCUUGUGUACAUGACAAUUGUUGUUUUGGUCAGCUGUUGCAUAACUUACUGCCUUUAAUGUCAUUCAUAACGACGUCGCGGUCCAAUAUCUAUAUAUGUACAUAUUUGUCCAUGUAUGUGUUGCAUAUGAGUGUACCGAAAUGUUUUGUGCCCGACGAACACUCUUCGAGGAGUUCCUUUGAUCACGGCGUUCCCAAAACAAAAUGUUGGUAGUCGACGUCGGGUUUAGUAUGUCCACGAACCCGUCUGAUCAUUCCGGUUACACGACAAUCGCCGUCUAACAACGUAAAAUUAUCGUUCAGAGUAUGGGCGGUCACAGGUAUGUUGAGCAGCACUAAUGCGUCGUUAGAUUUGUUGUUUGUUAGCUAGUCAUAGG